GGAAGGAUGCAGGCUAGCAGAAUAUACUACUAAAGUGGCAGAGUGAUAGCUUAGUGGUUAAGCCGCUGGCCUUCUGGUCAUGAGUUAAAAUCCCAGCACCAGGCUGCCACUCAUGGGCCCUUGAGCAAGGCCCUUAACUCUCAACUACUCAGUGGAACAAAGGAGAAUUGUAAAUCGCUCUGGAUAAGGGGAGUAUGGCAAAAAUAUAAAUGUAGAAAAAUGAAGAAUCCAUGACUACAGUGAUUAAUGGAUGUUUUUUUUGGGGGGUUGCACUUCGGGGGACCUGAAAGUAAAAGUUUUUUCAGCGUUGAAGUUCUGACUUUAACACUCCUAUAGCAUCUGCCCAAAGGUAGGCAUGUGAGAAGCCUGUGGUUAAGGCCAUCACAGGCUAUUCACACAUUUAUUAUCGAGUUUAUAGUAAACACAGAAACCAUGGGUAAGAAUCUGAGUGAUUACAGGAAAGACCACACAUUUAUUGCUGAGUGUGUUAAAAAUACUAAAUCGUUACAUCAGCAGCGUUGUGAAUCAAACAGGAUGUGUGGGCUUGUGGUUAUUUGAUUCUGAAGCACCACCACUAUAGACAGUGCAAUCUCCCCCCAACUCAGUCAGAGCAGAAAUGGCCAGGCUGCUGGGUGUACAGCUGAUCAUGAGUGUAUUCAUGCAGAUCACUUUAGCAGACAUCAUGUCUGUUCUUCCUGGAGAAAACAUCACCCUGACCUGCAGCAUCACUAAUCAUUCACAGAUAUGGUGGUAUCAACUGAGAUUUGAAGAGAUAAAACUGCUCAUAUUUGCUAGAAUACAACAAGUGGACAAGGUCUAUUCCCCCACAUGGAAUGCUGAUGAGAAUCACUUUGAUUUGAAUGAAGACAGCAGUUUGGAAAUUAUUGGAGUUCAAGAGACAGAUUUGGGAUUUUAUUUUUGUGGAGGUCAAAACAAAACACACAAUGACUUUGGAAAACCCAUCAGAGUGAACUUUACAGACAACAGAAAUCCAGAAAGCACUGUCCUGUCUACAUAUUUGGAUCGUUUUCAGACCAUAAAUAUAAUCCUGACAUGCCUGUGUUCCAUCUCUUUCCUAAUUAACAUCACCUGCGUCUGUGUGUUCAGGUCCAGAGUGCAAGGAAAGUCAGUUUUAUCCCACCCAUGCUGCAGUGACCCCAACACCACUCAUUCAGCUGAGAAGGAAAUGAAUCUGCACUAUGCCACGUUCACACACAAGACAGAACCCGGGUAUAAAAACACAUCGGAUUUGGACGGCGUGUUGUACGCAGGAAUCAGAUAUUUACCUGCCUGACAGCAUGAUCCUGAUUAUAGAUCUCUACCAAUAUGAGAAAAAUAUUUGUCAUAUAAAAUGAUCUAUUGAUCUAUGAACUAUUAUUAUUUAUUUUCAUUAAUCAAUUAAUAUGCAUAUUAUUCACACAUUUAUUCAAAUAUAAAGUAUAAAAAUCACAUUAUGUUUAAUCUGUAUCUGUAUAUAACCUGCAAAUUUAAUAUAUAUAUAAAAAAAAAACACAUUUUAACCCUGUGUAAUAAAAUGUAAAUAAAAUAUCCCUGCUGCACUCUUUCACAAUUUCAGCAUUAAAUUUAUUUUAUCACUUGGAGUUUUAGAUAACAUGUAUUUUAACAUUAACUAUUGUGAGAUAAUCUCAGAUCCACUAUUAAUUUAACCUUUUCUGACUUUAAAACUUUAAAGAUUUUGAGAAUUUGGGGAAUGGUGAGAAUUUAUCUUAAAUUUAUGUAAAAGUGAGGACACGGUUGAAAAGGUUUAUAUAAACAGAACGCAAAUGUCAUACCCCAUAUUUUAUACACUAUAGAAUACAGAAAUGUUUCAACUAUGGAAAUUAUUCAUUUUAGGGAAGAAAUAGUCAACUUUUAUAUCUGAUGGCUAAAACAUUUUGGGUAUUAAAAAUGUUUAGAGAGAACAAAAAAGGUUUUAAACACUCACCUGAGGGGUUGAUUUUUUUUAAGACCUCAAUUCAGGUAUGAUUUUAAAUACAUCAUUUAAAAAAAUAAAAGUAAUUCUUUCCAAUUGCUUUUGCAAAUCUCCAGGAGCACAGGAACAUGCGGAUGUCCACAACAUUAGCAAAUCUCAUAAACCCAUAUUUUUUUCAGCACAUAGAAAUUAUAUUAAAUAUUUAAAUCGAGGAAAUGUACCAUUUUAAGGGACAUUUUAAGGACAAUUCUAAAUUUGAUGGCUGCAAAUGGUCUCAAAAAAUGUGGGACAUGGAAACAAAAGGCCGAAAAUGUAAAUGUUACUAAAAAUAAGAAACAGCUGGAGCAACAUUUUGCAACUAAGUAGGUUAAUUGGAAAAAGUCUAAUAUGAGUGGGUACAAAAAGAGCAUUUAAGAGAAGCAGAGUCUCUUAGAAGUAAAGAGGCAGAGGUUCAACAACCUUCUUCAAAAAACUGUGUGGAACAAAUUGUGGAACAAUUUCAGAAUAAUGUUCCUCAACAUUAAAUUGAUGCUCAAAAAUGCCACCGGAAAUCACCGUCCAUGAACACAGAUUCAUCUCCUUCAGACAGCACUGACUCGGGAGAACCAGAUCCAGAUUUUGUAGCAGCUCCUCAUCCUCAACAUUAAUGACUGAAUGUGUGGAGGAUUCUAAGGAUACUGGAUCGGGUUGGAUCACGAGAAAUGGCCAGGUGUGGUUUCCAACUAAUGCAGAGACUUCUUUUAUCCAGCCUGCUUGAGGCGUGAUUUCAGGGCCAACGCACUAUGCAAGUCAAGUUAUGGAUAGCUUGAUGUCGCCACAUCUUAUGUCUGGAGGUGUUGGCCUGGGAACCGGGGAUGCUGCAGAGGUGAGCCAGAGCAUGCGAGUUGUCAGAGAGAUUACUAAGGGACUCCAGGGAGUCACUGUCACUUGUGACAACUUCUUCAACACUUAUCCACUUGCACAGGAGCUUCUUAAAAUUUGCAUAAUUAUUCUGAUUGUCAUGUGCAGCUUCAGAAUGAAGCUUUUAGUUUUAGAAAAAGUAAAGAUGAAGCUGUAGACAAAAAAACUAUUGGUGGCCACAAACAUUAUUUUUUUAACAUGGUGGACUUGUCUGCAUAUAAUGCAUAAGUAAUAUUUAUAGCCAUUGAUCCCUCCUGGAACCACCAAAAACACUACAGGACAAGGCUUUUUUAGAGGAGCUGAGCAACUUGAUGGUGUCUGCAGCAAUUGUAAAGAAAAAGCACUUCCUCCAUGCACCAGUUGCUGCUGCUGCACUUGUGAGAGCUACAGUCCUCUGUAGCUGCCACUCACACACCAGCAGGCACCAGCAGCUCAGCAGUUCAGAGGGGACAUGCAAGUGCUGCAAAAAACUAACAAUCUGCACUUGCAUUGCCUGUGGUGGAUUUACAUUCACAAAAUGAUAUGCUGCAAGGCAUGCUGGC